AUGGCGGACCACAGACCCCCCAGCUCAGCCCGACUGGCUGACUCGUCAUACCACUCUCCCUACUCGCGCGCCGGCGCUCCAGGUCCUCACCCCAACGGCGAUCCAUAUGCGCCUCUUCGCGGCCGCGCGCUCGCCACGCUCGAGGCCAUGGGCUUUGAUCCCAAGACCAUGGUCGAGCAUGGCGUCAUCUGGGCCGAGCACCAGGACCCCUACGGCCACGUUAUGCAUGCUCAAUACAUGAGCUACUUGGGGGCCUGCUUCUGGCGCAUCAUGGAAAGCUACGACGAGUUUCUGAGCAAACAGGAAUGCGACGGCAUGAUUCAAGCCAGGACUGUCAUUCCAGUGGUGCGAAAGUACGAACUCGACAUUCGAAGACAGGUCAAGUACCCAGACGCGGUCAUUGCUGCAUAUCGCCAGGAAAAGAUUGAGCCAACACGAAACAGCGGAACAACUGUUCUUUUCUCGCUGAAGCAGCAAGCUAUCGUCGCCGAAGUCAAAGGCUCAACAACAUACAUGGAUGUCAGGACGGGCCGUCCGAUAGACAUUCGCACGCUUGGUGGUGGUUUCCCUGCCUUGUUUGAAGGCUUUACGAAAAAGGCCGAGCGUGCGAGAGCACUGAAGGAGAAGUGGGAAAAUGAGCAUCCCAAACCUCCAAAGCGCAAGGAUUCCAAAAUUUGA